UCGUACUCGCAGUUUAUUUUGAAGGCAGGCAAUUGGAGCACAGCGCGGGGGUGAGGACGCCUGCCGUCAGCGUACCCGCUGCACUACACACCAUCAACCUGUCAUUUCAAGGUAUAUCGGGCUGUUAUUGAGCGCAGGAUCGAGGCGAAUAUCCCGCACGUUUGCCGCACUUCGCCAACUUGCUGAAACCAGCACGAUUUUUUAAUUCUCAAAGCGUGUCCGAGUCCGAGACGGGAAGACAUGGCCACGACUACAUGUACGCGCUUCACGGACGAGUAUCAGCUGUACGAGGAGCUGGGCAAGGGAGCAUUUUCAGUAGUGCGACGAUGUGUGAAGUUGAGCACGGGUCAAGAAUACGCUGCCAAAAUCAUCAACACCAAAAAACUGUCCGCGAGAGAUCAUCAGAAGCUGGAACGAGAAGCUCGAAUUUGUCGCCUGCUGAAACAUCCCAAUAUUGUUCGCCUGCAUGACAGUAUAUCAGAGGAGGGCUUCCACUACCUACUAUUCGAUUUGGUGACCGGAGGUGAGCUGUUCGAAGACAUUGUUGCCAGAGAAUACUACAGCGAGGCCGAUGCCAGUCACUGUAUCCAUCAGAUUCUAGACAGUGUCCAUCAUAUUCACCAACAUGAUAUAGUGCACAGGGACCUGAAGCCGGAAAAUCUUCUGCUGGCCAGUAAAUGCAAGAACGCUGCCGUGAAACUGGCCGACUUCGGCUUGGCCAUCGAGGUGCAGGGAGAUCAGCAGGCAUGGUUUGGAUUCGCAGGGACACCUGGUUACCUGUCCCCCGAGGUGCUGAGGAAGGAGGCAUAUGGCAAACCGGUGGACAUCUGGGCCUGCGGUGUCAUUCUGUACAUUCUGCUGGUUGGAUAUCCACCAUUCUGGGACGAGGAUCAGCACAAACUCUACCAGCAGAUCAAAGCUGGAGCUUACGAUUUUCCAUCUCCAGAAUGGGACACAGUUACUCCCGAAGCAAAAAACCUCAUCAAUCAAAUGCUCACCAUAAACCCCACCAAGAGAAUCACCGCACAGGAAGCUCUUAAGCACCCAUGGGUCUGCCAACGCUCUACUGUGGCCUCCAUGAUGCACAGACAAGAGACCGUGGAAUGCCUGAAGAAGUUUAACGCUAGGAGGAAACUCAAGGGGGCCAUCCUCACUACCAUGCUUGUGUCACGAAACUUCUCUGUGGGUAGCAGGCAGACCACAGCCCCCGCCUCGGUCACUGCGGCUGCGGCUGCAGUAGCUGCAGCUGCAGGCACCACAGCAGGGCUGGUGGAACAAGCAGCCAAGAGCUUGCUGAACAAAAAGGCAGACGUAAAGAAGCGGAAGUCGAGCUCAACCAUUCAGUACAUGCCCCAGACAAACAGCACCAAAAACAGCAUAGUCACCAGUCCCAAAGGAAACCUUCCCUCUCCUGCACUGGAGGCGCAGACCACUGUCAUCCAUAAUGCAGUGGAUGGGCUUAAGGAGUCAUCGGAUAGCAGUAAUGCCACAGUGGAGGACGAGGAAAUGAAAGGAAAAGUUGUAAAUAACAGUUCAGUUCAGUCAAACCCCAGCACCCAGCCUGACCCCGCCCAUACACCUCCAGGCCCCUCCCCUGCUGUGUUCACUGCCACUAAGUUCACAGAUCUACUGGGUGCGGUUCGCCGGGCCCCGGGGCCCACGUCUGAUAGUGAGGGGGGAAACACAACCACUCCAGCUGCUGUUUCUAUCCCCUCCAAUCCCCAGAUCCCCAACAUUCCCACACAGAUGUCACGUUUGACAGACCUAGUUGGCAGUGUGCGCAGAAGUUCAGCCCCUCAGACUGACAGUGAGCCACCGGCCCCUAGCAGACCCCUUACUGCCCCUUUAUCUGCUUCAUCCCACCCCUCCCCUUUCCCUUCCCAGCCCUCUUCAAGCCCCCUGCCAUCAGCACAUUCGCGCAAACAGGAGAUCAUCAAAAUUACCGAACAGCUUAUUGAGGCCAUUAACAAUGGUGACUUUGAAGCCUAUGCUAAAAUUUGUGACCCUGGGCUCACCUGUUUUGAGCCAGAGGCCUUGGGAAAUUUGGUGGAGGGGAUGGAUUUCCACAGAUUCUACUUUGAGAACUUGCUGUCUAAGAACAAUAAACCCAUCCACACCACCAUCCUCAAUCCUCACGUGCACCUGAUUGGAGAAGAGGCAGCCUGCAUCGCUUACAUCCGCCUCACGCAGUAUGUGGAUGGGCAAGGCCGGCCGCGUAGCAGCCAAUCAGAGGAGACGAGGGUGUGGCAUCGUCGGGACUCCAAAUGGCAGAAUGUCCAUUUCCACUGUUCGGGAGCUCCAGCUGCUCCUUUACAGUGAAGGUUGAGCUCAUUGUAGCCACAUCUAUCAAGAGUGCCCAACAAGAGAAACGAAAGUGCGAGAGAGGGGGAAGUUGAAGAGAGGGUUGGAGAAGUUGGAGCAAGCCCAAUGAUGGGUGGCUGUGCGUCUACACACAGACACAGGCCCAGCCCGGCACCUGUCAGUUACAUCACGUCACCCACCAAUCACAUCUGUGCAUUGUUCUGUGUCACUGCCCCGUCAACUUCACCCCUUGCUCUUAAGCGCCCUCCCUGUAUGUUUUCACUUCUCCCCCAUUGUGCAGAUGUGCCGUGUGGAGUCGGACAGUCAGUCUUUGAUUUUCAUUACGGAUGUUAAAGCCUCAGCAAAUCGUCUGUGAAAAGCUUUCCGUCGCACCUUCCCACCAGUGUGAAUAACAUCCUUUGAUACACUGAUUCGCCGUCCUUACUUACAGUGUGUAGAUUUUUGAUAUUAUUGCUAUUAUUAUUAUUAAUAUUGUUAUUACUGUUGUUAUUAUUAUUAAUACGAAAGCAAUUGUAUGUGUCACUUAUAACAUAUUCAUUUUCUGGAUGCCAACGAUUAACAACUUUUUUUUUUUUUGAGAGCAUGAAUUUUUCUGUAUAUCCACAGCGCCAUAGAUAUUGGCCGCCAUUUAUGUACAGGCUUUUCGAUGUGAUUCAUUAUUGAAAGCUCAAGCUCACAUACAACAAAUGUGUUUGUUCAUGUGUGUUCAAUUGUUUGUGGACAUACAUCGUCUAUGUGGGAAUGUUCGGAGCAGAGCCUGAUCUAGAACGUUUGGGGUCUUUUAGUAGUACGUCACUAAUUCUCAUAUCAUUAGAACGGAUUUGGAAUAGCAGAGGAGAUUCCUGCCAUUCCGCUCUUGGUGAAAUUUUUUUUGUUGUUGUUGGUGACACGGAUUGCAACGGUAGUGGUAGUAUUAGGAUACAAUUUGUUUAACAUUUUCCGUUAUUUCGUAACUUUAGCUGAGCCAGCGAAUAGUUGUGUCAGGAAAACUGCUGACCAUUUUUUAGAUUAAUGAAUUAAAGGUCACGUUCUUUCUGAUACCAAUUUUUAAACUUUAGUUAGUUUGUAAUGAUGCUAUAAUAGCAUAAAUAAUAAGUUACCUGUAAAAUAAUAAAGCUCAAAGUUUACUGCCAGGCAACUAUUUUAUUUAACAGAAUUCAAAGCCUACAGCAAACGGCCGGUUUGGACUACAGUCCUCUACUUCCUGCAUUAAUGACGUCAGUAGAACAGGUUUUUGACUAAACUCCGCCCACAGGAAUACGUCAGUCGCCAGCUAAGCUAACGGCAAGCUAAGCUGCUAUCGAAUCACAACACUAACAAACUACACAAUCAAAACUCGAUACGGAUUUCUGAAAGAGGGACUUCAUAGAACAAGGAAGACAUCAGCCCGUUUUGAGGACAGUGAAAACAGUGGUAUACAGAUUGUGAAGUAAAUUGUGUGGAAAAUACCGCGUUUUUUUACACGUGAACCAUGAAAACAUGUUAUCUUGCGCACUGUAAACACAAUCAAAGCUUCAAAAACACAGAAAGAAUGGGACCUUUAAAUCAGACAAAGGCUUGGUUGUUUCUUGGGAGUCCGAAGUUUGUGUAUGGAGAGAUGCGGACAUCCAAAAACAUAUCAGUAAGCAGCUAACGUUAGUAGAUUUCUGCGGUCUGAUUUGUAGUCACGGUGUAAGGUUAGGAUUAUUAGAGACCAUACAAACUAGUUUUAGGAAUUCGGUAAAGAUUGCACAUCUGGAUUUACUGAAGAUUUUGGAGGUUUUUAGCAGACAGAGUUAAAUACUCUGCUCUUAUGAAAUGGCAUUUAUAUUUCUGUCGUGACAUACGGUGUUAAAAAUUAUCAAUAUAACUCAUUCUAUUUUUGAGAGUUUAUAUAUAUUUUUGUUUGUUGUCGAUGUGAGAGUGAUUUUACAUGAAGAAAAUGUGUUACCCUGGACGAUUUUUAAAGUUUGGAUGAUGGGCAAAGUGCAAGGUGUUUAAAACGUCUUUAGUAGGACGAUGUUAAGGGGUUCCUUAUUCGAAAUGUGCAGCAAUAGUUUUAUAUUUCAGAAGACGGAAUAGCUUCACAAAAAUCUGUACGUCACACCUCAUGCAACUUUAUGUAGAUCUGCUUUUGAAGAGAUGGAGGGUAACCAUGGAGAACAUCAUUCUGAUGUCACGUGACUUUUGUAUUGACCUUGUCUGGAAUGACCCAGGAGAAGCGCAAACCGGUUGUGUCCUCAGGUCGUAUUUAUUUAUUUGAUUACAGCUUCUUAAUUUUGUUUGCACACUCGUUUUCGUACACUAACUAGUUUAAGCCACGUCAUAUUGGCGAUGACUACUGAUUUUUUUUUGUAUUACUAUUAUUUGAAAGAAACUGUCUAAAAAGCGAAUAUAAAUCUUAAACCGAGUGACCCCUUGAGGAGGCACGUGGACAUCCUCGUCUGCUCCAGCGCUCUGCUUUUGACAGUCGUCUUGUUCUCGUCUUAUGUUUUGUCCGACACUAAAAGUGAUGCGAGAUUUCACCCGUUUGUAAAGUUUCACACCCGUCCGCUCACUUAAAAUUAGACGAAACAAACAAAAAAAACAGCAUGUAAAAAGUGUAGUUCUCUGUGUUUAGCAAUGAAAAUAACCAUGUUGUGAUGAGUGCACAUCACUAUUAAAACAGGACACACAGUAUUGAAACUGCAGUCUUUGCAUGACAGUCACUUGAACACUAGGUUUGGUGUUAUUUCUCUUUUUGAUUUCUUUUCUAUUGAAUGCUGGUUUUCCUAAACCUUUCUCUUAUCUAUUUUACCAGCUUUGUUAAGUGCAUAUAAUAUUUUUGUCCCGAGAUGAUGCUGGCAAUGGCAGUGUACAUGACGAAGAUUAUAGCUAUGAAAAUGUGGAUGAUAUACUAAUAUGGAAAUGAUAUUUCUACGGCAUGCUUUUUUAUCAAGCUCAUUGUUGUCAAUGCAGGGUGAUUGAUAUUUAUAUUAACUACAGUAUAAGAAUAUUCAUUAGUAUGAGACUGCUUGACUUCAGAGAAGCACUUGCAAUAUUAGACAAAUAUGCAUGGGAUAGCUGAUUUUACAUACCACCAUACUGUCGAUGUUGAUUAUGCUCUGCGAAUGCCUACAACACCUGGAUGGCCAAUAAAAUUGUGGGGUUUUUCAGAUGUUCGUUUUUGAGCAAAGGACUGUUUUCCUUCACUUAUAUCAUUGCUGUAAUGGAAACAGUACUGGAUAGUUUCUCUGAAGUUGAGUUUUCUCACAGUAGCCCUCUUGAUAGUUUUGUUUUUUCUGUAUAAGAUUAUAUUCUCUUUAAUUUCUGAUGAUUCUUACUCUUGUUAUUGCUCUCUUCUCAAACAUGCUCUGUGUAUUCCCUGACUUAAGCAAAUGUGUUCAGAAGUUAUAAAUAAAUGAGAUGAUUUAAAUACCGAAGAA